GGAAAGUCCGGUGGUUUCUCAUCCCCAAAGGGCUGCAGGCCUGACGGCUGCUCGGCCCAUAACCCCCAGCAGCUCCCAGCUUCAGGACACCUGCAGCAGCAGGCCAGCCUGGUCCUAUCCAGUGCAGGUCUCACCAUGGCUUCUGAGUACGAGCUGGGCCACGUCCGCAGGCUGCAGGCUCAGCACACACACAUGCAGGAGAAGACUUUUACCAAAUGGGUCAAUAACAUCUUCCGGCUCAGCCAGGUGGGCAUCAAGAUCCAGAACCUGUACACAGAGCUGGCCGAUGGCACCCAUCUGCUGCGGCUGCUGGAGCUGAUCUCAGGGGAGGCGCUUCCAGCACCCAGCAGGGGCCGCCUGCGUGUGCACUUCCUGGAGAACAAUAGUCGCGCGCUGGCCUUCCUCAGGGCCAAGGUGCCCAUACCGCUCAUUGGGCCAGAGAACAUUGUGGAUGGAGACCAGACACUUAUCCUGGGGCUCCUCUGGGUCAUCAUUCUGCGUUUCCAGAUUUCCCACAUCUCAUUGGACAGGGAAGAGUUUGGACCCAGUGCAGCCCAGCUGUCUGCCAAGGAAGCUCUGCUGGUCUGGUGCCAGCGGAAGACAGCCAGCUACACCAACGUGGCCAUCACUGACUUCUCCCACAGCUGGAGGGAUGGGCUGGGCUUUAACGCUCUCAUCCAUGCCCACAGACCAGACCUGCUGGACUACAGCUCCCUGCACCCCAGUCGCCCACUGCACAAUCUCACCUGUGCCUUCCACGUGGCUGAGCAGGAGCUGGGCAUUGCCCAGCUGCUGGACCCCGAGGAUGUGGCAGCCCUACAUCCAGACGAGCGCUCCAUCAUGACCUACGUCUCCCUCUACUACCACUUCUUCUCUCGCCUGCAGCAGGGACAGACAGUCAAGAGGCGGCUUGCUAAGAUCCUGCUCCAGCUCCAGGAGACGGAGGCACUGCGGACGCAGUAUGAGCAGCUGAUGGCCGACCUGCUCCGAUGGAUUGCAGAGAAGCAGCUGCAGCUGGAGGAGCGGAAUUUCCCAGACUCCCUCCCCGACAUGUGCCAGCUAUUGGCAGCCUUUGCCUCCUUCCGUGCCCAGGAGAAGCCACCUCGGCUGCAGCAGCGAGGUGCUACAGAGGCUCUGCUCUUUAGGCUGCAGAUGGUGCUCCGAACCCAGAACCGCAGGCCCUUCGUGCCUGUCGAGGGCCUGAGUCUUGUGGAGUUGUCCCAGUGCUGGGCAGCACUGGAACGGGCAGAGGCUGCCCGGAGCCAGGCUCUGCAGCAGAGGCUACUGCGGCUGGAACGAUUGGAAACCCUGACCCGGCGCUUUGAACGCAAGGCUGCCCUGCGAGAGAACUUCCUAAAAGAUGCAGAGCUUGAGCUGAACCAGGCCAGAAUUCCGCCAGCCAGCCCAGCCACAGUGGAGGCAGCCAGCCAGAGGUUGGGCAUGCUGGAGGCCAGCAUUCUGCCCCAGGAGGGGCGCUUCCAGGCCCUGGUUGAGAUCGCAGACAUCCUCCAGCAGGAGCAGUACCACAGCUGGGCAGAUGUGGCCCACAGGCAGCGGGAGAUCACUGGGCGCUGGCAGAAGCUCCUUCAGCAUCUACAGGAGCAGAGAAAGCAGAUAGCAGGUGUGCAGGCUGUGCUGAACCUGCUGCAGGAGGUGGAGGUUACCGCAGAACGGCUCCGGGAGCUGCAGGUGCCGGCAAGCUCCACCAAUUGUGGGCGGCAGCUGGAAGAAGUAGUGGAGCUGCUUCAGAGGCACAACCUGCUGGAGGCCCAGGUCUCGGCACACGAGGCCCACGUGAGCCACUUGGCGAACCAGACGGCAGAGCUGGACCCCUCCGUUGGCAUGAGCGUGGAGAUGCUGCAAGCCAAAGCCAGGGUGCUGGUUCAGCUCCACCAGAGACUGGUGUCUCUUGUCAGGGCCCGGCGGGCCCUACUGGAGCAGACUCUGCGGCGGGCAGAGCUGCUGCACAGCUGUGAGGAGGAGAUGGCUUGGCUGGAGGGGCGCGCACUGCAGCUGGAGCAGACGGCGUUGGGCCAGGACCGCAGCCAGAUCGCAGACGCCCUGCAGAAACACAAGGCCCUAGAAGCAGAAUUCCACAGUCACAAGGCUGUGUGCUCAGACCUCGUGCAGAGUGGGCGCGUACUCAGCACUCAGGGGCCCUCGACGCAGCCAGAUCCCCGGGAGCGCACCGAGGCUGUGCAGGGAGCGUGGCAGCUGCUUUGCAACAGGGCAGCACGGCGCGGACGGCGGCUACGGACAGCCCUGCUAGCGCUGCAGUACUUCGAGGAUGCUGCGGAGGCGUCCUCGUGGCUGCGUGACCUGCGGCAGGCGCUGGGGAGCUCGUGCGGUGGGCAGGACCAGGCGUCCGCCCAGGUCUUACUGUUGCGCCACCUGCGGCUGGAGCGCUCCGUGCGGGCCUUCGCUGUCGAGUUGCGGCAGCUGGACGAGCAGGCGCGAGUGGCCGUUGCACAGUCGUCGCUCACGGUGCGUACAGUCACCAGCCCUGCCCUGCCAGGACUUCUGCUGCUGGGUGGGAGCCCUGUCUGGAAAACUCUGGCUUCUCUGGAACAGGUGGUGUCUGCCCUGGGCCCUCCAGGAGGAGGCAUGAGGAUCACUCACCCUGCUAAGCCUGGCCUCAACUUUGACCCCAACACCAUACUCCAGACACAGGAUUUCCUGAGCCAGGACUAUGAGAGCCUGCGAGCCCUGGCAGAGUGCCACAGGACCAGGUUGGAGGAGGCGGUGGCCCUGUUUGGCUUCUGCAGUUCCUGUGGGGAGCUCCAGUUCUGGCUGGAGGAGCAGAUAGCCCUGUGCCAGUCACUGCAGCCCCAGGCUGACAACUUGGAGGUCAUGCAGCUCAGAUAUGAGAACUUCCUCACUACCCUGGCCAUGGGGAAGGACCGCUGGACUAAGAUCAGCCAUUCUGCUGAGCAACUGAAGCGGCAGUGUCCUGGGGACGCCACAAGAAUCCAGCGUCAGCAGGCAGACCUGAGCCAGAGGUGGGAGCAGCUGGCAGCUCUGAAGAAGGAGAAAGGCCUGCAGCUGGCCCGCAGCAUGGAAGUGUGUGGUUUCCUGCAGGAGUGUGGCCCCACACAGACCCAGCUGCGAGAUGUGCUGCUCCAGCUGGAGACGCUGCAGCCAGGAAGCUCCAAGGAUGACCACCAUGCCCUGCAGUUGACCCUGCAGAAGGUCCAGGUGCUGGAGAGCAGGAUCCACUACCUCCAAAGGGAGGCCACAAAGGUGGCAGAGUCAGGCCCUGCGAACAGUCAGCUCCUGAAGGAACAGGUGGAAGGGCUGCAGAGGCUCCUGAAGCAAGCACAAGCCCGAGGGCUCCAGCAGGCCAGGGGCCAGGCUGAGGCUCAGGCCCAGCGGAGCUUCCUGCAGGAGAGCCAGCAGCUGCUACAGUGGGCAAAGGGUGUCCAGGCUCAGCUGCACAGCAAGGAGGAGCUGCUGGACGUGGCCUCAGCCCAGAGGCUGCUGAGGGAAUUCAGAGAGCUGCAGGAGAAGAUCCACAUUCAGCAGGACAGGCUGAAGCAGCUGGAGGCUCAGGGCCAGCUCCUGGCAGCCUCAGAUGGCCCUCACUCCCAAGAGGUGACCAGCACCCUGAGGCUCCUGAGCCAGCGCAGCUGGGAGCUGAAGGCUGCAUGUGAGCAGAGACAGCAGUGGCUACAUGAAGGGCUGCAGCUGUACAGGUUUGGCCAAGAAGUGGAUGGCUUCACGGCUGCCUGUGCUGACCAUGAGGCUGUGCUAUGCCUGGACAGCCUGGGGGAGGACGUGAGGGAGACCCAGAGCCUGCUGCAGCAGCACCAGAGCUUUAAGUGGCUCCUGGGCACCCUAAGCCUUCAUGCAGAGGCCCUGCAAGCCCGUGGCAAGAAGCUGGUCCAGAGCCACCACCCUGCUGCCCACAGGGUCAGAGAGCAGCUGCAGAGUGUCCAGGUGCAGUGGACCAGGGUCCAGGAGAGGAGCGAGCAGAGGCGGCAGCAGCUGCAGGCUUCUCUCCAGCUCCAGGAAUGGAAGCAGGACGUGGCAGCGCUCAUGCUGUGGAUGGAGGAGAAGUGGGCAGUGGCAGCGGAUGAGCCCCCCCAGGGACCUGGCAAUGUUCUUCGGAAACUCUGGCGGCACCAAAUGGCCGAGAGUGAGCUGCUGGCCACCUGUGGGCAUGUGGAAAGCCUGCAGCAGGCUGGGAGAGAGCUGUUGUGCAGCAGACCACAUGCCUGGAAGGACGUACAGACCAGACUUCAGGGCCUGAGUCAGAAGUGGGAAGAGUUGAAGCACAAGAUGGCGGAGCGUGGGGUUGAGCUUCAGCAGGCGGGACAGCAGGAGCAGUUCCUGAGGCUGCUGCAGGAUGCCAGGAAGCAGAUGGCGCAGCUAGAGGAGGAUCUGCAAUCCACAGAGGUGGGGCAGGACCUGCACUCAAGCCAGAGGCUGCAGAAAUGGCACCACCAGCUAGAGGGCAAGAGCCAGGUGCUGGCCAGCGAGGUGACUGCCCUCAUCUCCCAGGUGCAGCAUGUGGUCACCUCCCAGGCUGUCCUGGAGGAGGCCCUCCAAUGCCAUCAGAGACUUAAGUCCCUGCAGGGCCACUUGGCUGCCAAGCACAUGCAGCUGCAGGCCACGGUUGAGCUGUACCAGUUUGACUACGUGAGCAACUUGGAGCUCGCCUGGGUGGCUGAGCAUAUGCCCAGUGCCAGUGCUACCAGUGGUGCCCAGUGCUGGGCUAGUACCCAGAGCCUUCAGUAUAAGCACAAGGAGCUACAGGCCAAGGUGAGAACACACCAUGGGCGGGUACAGCAAGUUCUGGGUUCCGGCCAGAGCCUCGUGGCCUCUGGGCACCCCCAAGCACAGCACAUCAUGGAGCAGUGCCGGGAGCUGGAAGGCCGUUGGGCAGAGCUGGAGCAAGCAUGUGAGGCCCAUACCCACAGCCUGCAGCAGGCAGCUGCUUCCCAGCAGUACUUUCUGCGCGUGUCAGAGCUGGAAGGCUGGGUGGAAGAGAAGCUGCCACUGGUGAGAAGCCAGGACUUCGGGAGAGAUGAGGCAGCUACCUUCAGGCUCAUUAGGAAGCACCAGGUGCUGGAGCAAGAACUAGCUCUUUACUGGAGCUCCAUGGAAGCGCUGGACCAGAGAGCCCAAGCCCUCGCUGGGUCCAAGGCACCUGUGGUGCAGAAGAGGCUCUGGGAGCGUCUUCAGGCACUACAGGAACUGGCAGCCACACGGAGUCGGCAGCUAGAGGGUACACAGAGGCUGCACAAGUUCAUGCGGGAGGCUGAGGACCUGCAGAGCUGGCUAGCCAGCCAGAAGUGGGCGGCUACACGAGGGGAGUGUCUGGGAGAGGACUAUGAGCACGUGCUGGACCUCUGCACCAAGUUUGCAAAAUUUCAACACCAGGUAGAGGUGGGCAGCAAGUGGGUAGCUACCUGCCAGCAGCUGGUGGAAAGCCUGCAGGAGUGUGAGCAUAGAGCUGCCCCCCAGGCCCGCCAGCGGCAGCAGGACCUGCAGACCACCUGGUUGGAGCUGUGGGAGCUGACCCAGGCCCGAGGCCACCUUCUCCGAGAUGCUGAGACUGCCCUCAGAGUUCACAGAGACCUUCUGGGGGCCCUCACCCACAUCCAGGAGAAAGCCUCAAGCCUCCCCAGGGAUGUGGCCCAGGACCUGCAUGCAGCAGAGGCGCAGCUGAGGGCUCACAAGGCACUGGAGUGUGAGCUUCUGGGCACUGAACACCAGCUGCAAGAAUUGCUGGAGGCUGGUGGCAGGGUGCAGAAGCUGCAUCCAGGGUCUCUGGCCCAUGCUGUGUGGCAGAGGCAGCAAGCUGUGAGGCAGGCCUGGGAAGCUCUGCAGCUGAGCAUGGACGGGCGCAGGACCCAGCUGGAGCAGGCGUGUCUUGUGGCUCACUUCCAUGCUUUGGUACGGGACUACACCUCCUGGGCAGCCAGUGUGCUUCGGGGACUGCAGGCAGAGGAGGGGCCCUGGGACCCCAGCAGCAGCCCAUUCGCACUCAUCACCCACCGACAGCUUAGGGCAGAGCUGGAGGCCCGGGAGGAGCUACAGCAGCAGGCCACCAAGCUGGGCCAGCGGGCACUUCUGACUGCAGGAACACACAUCAAGGAGAUCCAGGAUGGGCUUGGAGCCCUACAGGAGGAGCAUGACCAGGUGUUUCAGGCCUGGACCCAGAAGCAAGAGAAGUUACAGGCUGCACAACAGGAACAGCACCUCCUCAGACAGUGUGGUCACCUGGAGGAGACCCUCUCUGCCCAGGAGGUGUCCCUGGAAACCGGCACCCUGGGAAACUCAGUGGAAGAGGUAGAGCAGUUGAUCCACAAGCAUAUGGUCUUCCAGAAGGUGCUGACUGCCCAGGAUAAGAAGGUGGCAGCUCUGUGUGAGCAACUGAAGGUGCUCCCAGGCCCCAGGGGACAGGACUUGCUUCGCAGCAUCCUGGAGCAUCAGGCUCAUGUGAGGGAGCUGGCGGAAAACCGGGAUCGCGUCCUGCACACCUCUCUGCUUAUCGCCAGCUUUACCAGGGCCGCCGACCAGGCCGAGGACUGGGUCCAGGAGCGGGUCCAGCAGCUGAGACAGCCGAUCCCUCCUGGAGACCUGAAAGAUAAUUGGAAGCAUCUACAGAAACACCAGGCCUUUGAGGCUGAGGUCAAGGCCCUGGAGCAGGCCCUGAUCUCUGUUGCCAAGCAAGGUGAGGCUCUCCUGGCUCAAAGCCACCCUUGGGCAGGAGAGGUCUCCCAGAGGCUGCAGGCACUGCAGGAGAGUGGGGAGAAGCUGAGGCAGGCAGUGGCCAUCCGGGGCCAGGAGCUGAAGGACAAGCGGAACUUCCUGGAGUUCCUGCAGAAAGCAGAUCUCACAGAGGCCUGGAUCCAGGAGAAGGAGAUGAUGGUGAACACUGGCGACCUAGGCCAGGACCUCGAGCACUGCCUGCAGCUCUGCAGGUGGCUUCACAAGUUCCAAGGCACCAAGAGCGUCGUGGGUGAUGCCCACAUCAGGACCAUCAAUGAGCUGGCGCUGCAGCUCAAGAGCCAGGACCCUGAGGAAGCCAAGAUCAUCUGCCAGCGGCGAAGCCAGCUCAGUCACAGGUGGGGGAAUUUCCAAGGCAACCUGCUCCAGUACCAGCGGCAGCUUGAAGGGGCCCUGGAAAUCCACACGUUGUCCAGAGAGCUGGAUGACAUCACCACGCGGAUUGGGGAGAAAGGCACCGAGGUCCAGACCUUGGAGGGCAGGGAAGAGCUGGAGAUCGUGCAAAGGCUGCUGUGGAAACAGGUGGUGCUGGAGCAGGAAGUGGGCCUCAUCCAGGCACAGGUGGAGUCCCUCCAGCACAAAGUGGGCUGUCUCUGCCAGACACAACCUGGGGCAAUCCAUGGCCUCAGUCACAAGCAGCGAGAGAUGAUGGACAGCUGGUGGCAGCUCCAGAGCAGGGUGCAGAAGCGGAGGGAGUCACUGGAAACUGAGCACCAAGUACAGAAGCUCCUGGUGCUACUGGGAGAUCUGCUGGUCUGGGCCCAGAGGCUGCGGGCUACAGUGGACAAUCAAGGCACUCCCUCUAGCCUCGCAGUGUCCUGGCAUAUGCUGGAGGAGCACCAAGCAUGCAAGGAUGAGCUGGAUGGCCGGAGAGACAGCAUCAACCUGGCCCGAAGCACUGGGCAACAGUUGCUCGCAGCAGGGCAUCCUUUGGCCCCCUCUAUUCACCAGGCCCUGACUGCCUUAGACCAGGAGCUGAGCAGUCUGCAAGGGGCCUGGCAGGAGCACCAGCUGUACCUGCAACAGGCAAUGGAGCUGCAGCGGCUUCUGAGCUCUGUGGAGAAGGCAGAACGUGAGCUCUGCAGUGAGGAAGCCUCCCUGGCCAUCGAGGGGCUGGGGGACCCCUCGGCCAAGAUGGAGGUGCUCCUGCACAAGCACCAGAGGCUUGAGCAGCGCCUGGAGGCACAGGUGGAAAAGCUCAGCACACUGGAGGCCACAGCCCGAAGCCUGCAGCAGGGCAGACAUGCUGAGGCCCAGAACGCCCUGGCCAGAUGCCAGGCCUUGCUCCUGAGGAACAAGACCCUCCUUCAGCGAGCCAGGACCCAGGGUCAGCAGCUGGAGCAGCUGCAGACCUUCCUGCAGGAUUCCCUCGAGGUGACCACAUGGCUGAGGAAGAAGAACCUGGUGGCUCUGGAAGAGGGCUGGCGGGACCCUGCCACUCUGCAAGCACUGUUGUGCAAGCAGCGGAACUUGCAGGCUGAGCUGGACACGAGUCUGCACCAGCAGCAGGAGCUACAGCAGGAGGGGCAGAGGCUGCUACAGGGGAACCAUCCAGCCUCAGAGACCAUCCAGGAGCAGCUGAAGGAGCUCAGGGAGCUCUGGGCUAAGCUGCAGGCCAACAGCCAGAGGAACAUGGCCCAACUGCAGAAGGCCUGUGAGGCCCUGCAUCUACAGCGGAACCUGGGGGAACUGGAGAGCUGGCUGGAGCCCAUGGAGGUGGAGCUGAGAGCCCCUCUUGGGGACCAGGACCUACCUGGGGUAGGCAAGCUCUUGAGGGCCCAGGAGGAGCUGGAAGCAGCUCUGAGCAGGCAAGUCAGGCGGGCAUGGGCCCUACUGGACCAGGCACGAGUGUUGACUUCUGAGCAGGAAGGCCACUGCCUUGCCAAAGAUGUGGAAGAACAGGCCCAGAAGCUGCUUCAGAGGUUUAAGAGUCUUCAGGAGCCCCUGCAGGAGCGCAGGACAGCCCUGGAGGCUCGGAGCCUCCUCUUGCAGUUCUUCAGGGAUGCUGACGAGGAAAUGACCUGGGUGCAGGAGAAGCUGCUGCUGGCUGCUGCCCAAGAUUUUGGCCAGAGCCUGAGCACUGUGCAACACCUGCAGGAGAAACACCAGAACCUGGAGAGUGAGAUAAGCAACCACGAGGCUCUGACAGAGGCAGUGGUGGACACAGGGCACAAGCUGGUGCAGGUUGGGCACUUUGCUGCCCACGAGGUUGCUGCCCGGCUGCAGCAGCUGGAGGAAGCACUGGAGCAGCUGCGGACAGAGGCAGCGAGGAGGCGGCUGCUGUUGCAGCAGGCCCAGGAGGCCCAGCAGUUUCUGACAGAGCUCCUAGAGGCAGAAUCCUGGCUGGCUGAACGCAGCCAUGUCCUGGACAGAGAGGACAUGGGCCAGAGUGCCGAAGCCACACAGGCUCUUCUCAGACGGUUAGAGGCCACCAGGAGAGACCUUCAGGGGUUCAGUAGGCGCAUUGAGCAGCUGCAGCAGACAGCAGCCCUUCUGGAGUGUGGGCAGAACCCUGACAGCCCCAAGGUGCUGGCCCAGCUGCAGGAUGUGAGGCAGGCCCAUGAACAGCUGCUGCGGAAAGCAGAGUGCAGGGAACAGGGCCUCUGGGAGCAGCUGCAGCUUCACCAACUGGAGCAGGAGGUCCUGCUGCUUGAUGCCUGGCUGAACGCCAGGGUGGCUGUUGCUGAGUCCCAGGACUAUGGGCAGGACCUGCAAAGUGUCCAGGUGCUGGAGGCGAGGUUUGAUGCUUUCAGGAGGGAAGUGCAGAGCUUGGGUCAGGCCAAGGUACAGGCCCUGAGGGAGCUGAUGAACCCCCUGGAAAGGAGAGCCCCUGGGGUCUACCCCCAGAUUCAAAGCCAGAAGAGUCACAUCGAGGCCACUUGGGAGAGGCUGAACAAGGCAAUCAAAACUCGCACAGAGAACCUGGCUAUAGCCCAUGAGCUCCGAGGCUUUGAGCAGGAGGCAGCAGAGCUCCAGGGCUGGAUACAGGAGAAAACUACCCUCCUAGAAGGACAGCUCCAUGGCCACAGCCUGCCACCUGUGCAUCCCUUUCCGCAGCAGGACAGCUGCCUGCAGAGGGAACUGGCAGCAAUAGAAAAGGAGGUGGCACAGGUACAGAUGGAGGCCUUCCAACUGGGCCAGCGGCACCCUGCAGCUCAAGAGGGCCUGGCUGAGCUGCUAGUCAAGGUGCAAGAAGCCUGGGCCACCCUGGAGGAGAAGGUCCAGGAGCACAGCCAGCAGUGGGCACAGGCAGCCCAGGGCCAUGCCUUCCUCAGGCACUGUUGGGAACUGCUAGCAUGGGCUCAGGAGAGGCAGGGGAUUAUGUCCUCAGAGGAGCUAGCCAGGGACCUGGUGGGAGCCAGGCAGCUCCUUGGACAACACAAGGAGCUUGGGCAAGAAAUCCAGGAGCACUGUCUUAAAGCCCAGGCCAUAUGGCAGGAAGGACAGCAGCUGCUGGACAAUGGCCACUUCAUGUCCCCAGAGGUGGCACAGAGUCUGCAGGAGCUACAAGGGCAGCUGCAGGAGCUGCAGGCAGCCUGGGUCCUGCGUCAGCAACGCUGUGAAGAGAGCCAGAGCCUGCUGGAGCUGCGGCAGGGGCUGGAGCAGGCUGAGGCCUGGCUGGCCUCCCGGGAAAGCCUCCUGUUGCAAACUAGCUUCGGGUACUCAGUGUUGGAUGUGGAGAGGCUGCUCCACAGACAUGAGGACUUAGAGACACUGUUGGCAGCCCAGGAGGAGAAGUUUGCUCAGCUGCAGAAGAGGUCAGAGGUGGAAGAGAAGCCGCUAAAGGACCAGAUCACUGGGAGAGCUGGUAGCCCCCCAACAGCCAUCCAGCACCAGGGCCCAGGAGCGCAGCCAGCUGAGACCAAUAUCCUGCAGCCAAGUGUCCCUACUGGACUGUGCACACCCCUCACCAUUAGUGUCUCCAUGGAAUCCAAAGCUGGGCAGCAGCAGCCCAGUGGAGCGAGUGUCAAGGGGUUCCAGGAGACAAAGGGUACCCCCACCGUGGAGGGGUCUCUGGAGCUUAAGCGGUGGCCUGUUCCUGGGGGGAGGCAGAACGUGGCUUCCCUGGCCCCCCUUGAUCUCAGAGAAUCCCAGUGUGAGAGGCUGAAGGACCAGAGUGUGAGGAAACACAUGUUCUCUUUAAGGCAGAGCAGCGGGGCACAUAUCCUGUUGGCAGCACUACCCAAAGGGCAGACUGGACGCUGGCAGCGAGCCCCAGGCAGUGCAGCCCAGGAUCAGAGUGCAGAACCCAUGGCCAGCAGCUCAAAUGAGACAGCAGCUGCUCUGCUCAGACUCGAGGGCUGUCCCCCAACAAUGGCUCACUCCACCUCAGCUCUGCCCUCUGCAAUGGAAGACACCAAGUGACAGGCCCAGGCCUUUUCCACUCUAGCCAGCCUUUAGCUGCAGGCACAGGGGCUACUGUGGACCAGUUUUUGGAACAGACAAGUGUUCUACAGCCUGCUACUGAGGCCACUGUCACUGAUGUCUGGUUCAUCUGAUCCCAAGUCGGGCUGCCCCUUCCAUGUGGCAAGAAUUGUGCUCUAACUGGAUCGUGGCCCUACCCUGCUCCCUGCCUGAGUGAG